CACACCCAAAAACUUCACAUCAUUGUUGAGAUCUAUGACAUAUUAACAAAGUACAACGAAGCUCUACAAGCUCACCUAGAUCUCUCUCACAAUGAAGCUAAGUGGCCUGAUUGAACUCACUUUCUUAUUGAUCCUGACCUCUUGUGCAGAAGGUAUCGGAAACUGGACAGUAAAUGUCAAUGAUCACAUUGAAGUAGGAAGAGGCUCAAGUGUGACCAUAGAUUGUACGUUUAAAUGUCCAUCUACUCAAUGCGAUGGCAAGGUUGAAGUUUACUGGAAGAAGUUUCAGAUGAGCAGCUUUAAUACCAAAGACAAUGACAAAUAUGCAUUUAUUUAUCACAAGAAUGAUACAUAUGUGCUGGAGAAAUACAGAGGAAGGACAGAGCUCAAAAAUGAAGGCAGUGGAGACUGCUCCCUGGAGAUCAAAAAUGUCACGGAAAAUGAUUCAGAACUUUAUGUGAGAAUUAUCACACCGUCUGAGCAAUACAGUUUCUACAAUAACAAAGUCGCUAUUCGUGUGGUUGAUAGGAAUAACACGUCAUCAGAAGCCGAUACAACACCAACUCCUGCAGAGAAUAAUUCACUACAAAUGUAUACGACCAUCUGUGUGCCCGUUGCUGCACUUGUGAUCCUCAUUAUUAUCGUUGGAGUUUUCUGUUUCAUAAAACACAAAAGGACACAGGCCUUUACUCGGGAGGAAUCAGGAUAUUAUGAAAAUUUUAGCAGAGCAUUAUCAAAUGACGCCAAAAGUGAAAUAUCUUGCAAAAAAAUUGAUGAGCUGCCUGAACUGAAAGACAUUGAGGAGCCUGUCUACGUCAACAUGAAGGACCCACUGGAUCGUGUGGAUCAAAGUGUGGAUCACACUCACAACGUAUAUGGAAAUGUAGAUUAUUCACAAUAGAAGAAGAGCUGUAUGUCAGGAGUGAAAUAACAUAACGACUUUAACUUAAUCGUGUUCACGCGUAUGUGUGACUAUGUGUCAUGUCUUUGAUGCAUGAAAACAGGAUUAUGUGUCAUUAAAAUUGAACAAGAUAUUGUAAUUAAUAGUUUGUUAAGUAUGGAGUAUAUAACAUUUCAUCUAAGUGUUGUUAUAGAUUAAAAGCCAGUUGUUAUGAUAGUAUUUUGCUCACUAGCAGGGCUGCACAUAAGGGGGGAGGGAGGGGAAGCUUUCUGGGACCCAGCUGCUUUGGGGCCCAAAUAGUCCAGUUGUAGAUUCUUAAUA